AUGUCUGUCAUGUCUGAUGAACACUACCAGCCUCAGGCUCAAGAUUUCAGCCGCAUGAAUCAACUAUACGACAAUAACCACCAGCUCCCGGGCCAUGCUAGUGCACAAUCACCCUUUCUCGUACCUUCGCAGGGUCAGCUGAAUCAAGGCUGGAAUGGCCUUUUGCAUCACGGUGGAAGCUUUCCAAACAAUACACAUACAUUCGCACAAGUCCAAGACGAAAAUAUUCGUCUGCGAUUUGUCAAUGAACAUUUGAAUCGCUCUGAUACACUACUUCAACCACUCAAAAUCCCCGUCAAGACUGAUGCUAUUGAUUGCAACCCUGUCACUGGUCUACGAAAGGAGGACUACCCUCUCGUCAAUUUUUGGACUCACGAGGACUUCAAGAAAUGGGACAGCGCUGCUGAUGCACAAGGCGACCAGCGGGGAUCAUUACCCUUCCUCGAGCAUACAAAUGGGGACCCUGUCACAGCAUCCGAGCAACGUGCCAUCAUGAAGACAUUUCGCGCGGUCUGGUUUGGCCUCCGACAACGUGGAAUAGCGCCGAUCUCAUGGGGUCGAGCAAUCCCCGAUGCUCGCAACGCUCUCUACAAAGAAGUGUCUCGCUUACACCCCGAAUUAGCCCUUUGCGACAGGUACUGGAAGAUCGAGCACAUCGCUAGAGACCGCUACCCAUCAUGGGCAUCCACUCAUCUCAAGGAAGGAGAUUCUUCGUCUACUGACCCUGAGGAGAUGAAACCACGCGUAAAACCACAAAAGCGAAAGGCGAAGAUGGUCGAGUCUGCCGAUACAUGUCAACACGAUUCGAAACGUGCGAAAACAGCUGACACGAAUUUAGAGGCUUGCGACUCAGAGCCACCCGAGAUUUCUUCUUCAAAUACCGAGUCUGCUGAUCCACCUUCAUCAUCUCUUUUGGUGCCAUUGUCGCCGAGCCCAAGGCCUCAGACAAACAAUCCACCGAAAACCCUAUUUGCUCCACUUCGAAACCCUUUAAAAGAUGCCAUUAUCCGCCUCAAGGAAAAGAAAAAUGACGAGCCUUGUGAUGCUUUGCCAACGCCCUCGAUUGCUCCCGCCAAUAUGUUACCAACCGCAGCACCCGUCGACACUACGCUACCAACGCUGUCUGCAGACGACGCAAUCGCACCUCAUGCAGAUACUCUUAAUGCAGACUCGCAAGGAAAGCCUGGCCCUACCAGCAAAAACUUCCGCCCUGCGACUACGAAGAACGGGAGAAACCUUUGCGCACAUCGCUGGCUCAAACAACUCGCACCCAAUGGCUACUCUCGGGAUUUCAAAUUAUACUGGGACUCGCUGGGAAAAGACCGUCAGGAGAAAUAUGAAACAGACGCAAAAAAACUGAUAUCUGAUGGCAUUUGGACCGGCAGCACUGUCGAAGUGAUCACACGGCGGCAGCAUCAGGCAGAAGGGCCAGGUACGAGCGCGAGCGCGGGGGCGGGUAUGAGCGUGAGCGCGGGGGCGGGCCCGGGUACGAGCGCAGGUGGUUUUUAGUGGCAUGAUUCGUAUCAUAUGCUACGUUGCAAUGCA